AGCUGCUGAUUGAAGUUAAGAUUAGUAAUGGAGUUAACUCCAAGAGGAAGAAAUCAAGGUCAUGUUGUGACUUUUGACAGAGAUGCAGAUUCAUUUGUGGAGGAAGAUAAAGAGCUUCAAUCUAAAUGGGCUGCUAUAGAGAAACUACCAACUUUCAAAAGGAUUAAAACUUCUUUUGUUGAUGAAAUCACUCAGGAGGAGAGUGGUAGUAGAUGGCAAAGAAGUAGUAGUAAAAGGGUUGUUGAUGUUACUAAACUUGGAGCUGUUGAUAAGCGUUUGUUUAUUGAUAAGCUCAUCAAGCAUAUUGAGAAUGAUAAUCUCAACUUGUUGCAGAAACUUAGAGAAAGGAUGGAAAGAGUGAAUGUGAAGUUACCUAGUGUGGAGGUAAGGUACAAGAACCUGAAUGUAGAAGCAGAAUGUGAGGUUGUUCAAGGGAAGCCACUUCCUACUCUAUGGAAUUCUUUUUCUAGCUUAUUUUCAGAUUUAGUGAAGACUAUAUCAUGCAGUUCUCAAGAAACCAAAUUGGGCAUUCUUAAAGAUGUCAGUGGCAUCAUAAAGCCGGCAAGGCUUACUCUUCUUCUGGGUCCACCUAGCUGUGGGAAAACUACCUUACUAAUGGCAUUGGCUGGAAAACUAGAUCAAUCUCUUGAGGUUUAUGGAGAAAUCUGUUACAAUGGUCACAGACUAGAUGAAUUUGUUCCUCAAAAAACAUCAGCUUACAUAAGCCAGUAUGACCUGCACAUUCCUGAGAUGACAGUCAGGGAAACUAUUGACUUCUCGGCACGUUGUCAGGGGGUUGGAAGCAGAGCUGGUAAUCUUUCUUGCUUAUUCAAUCCUAGAUUAUCCAUAUAA